CUGUGUUCAGUGCUUGUUUGAAAAAAAAAUGCUCUGUACUAAUUGUCAAACGCAACUGUCUAUUGAGUGAUAGUGACAUCUCAAAUUGUGUUACGGUGUUUGCACAUAUCACCACGGGAGACUUUGUAUUUAGUUGUUGCAGAUGUUUAACAAAUGUAGACAUUUCGUGAGGUAUAACUAUUUUUUUGGUGCAAUGGUUAUUGAAGUGGAUAAAAGUAAACAACACAGUGUAUUAUAACGCCUGGCGAGAAUGGCUGCCUCCGGUAGCGAGAUCGAAGAUUUCUUGAGUGGACCACUAGUUUCGUGGUUGAAGUCAUGCCUUGGAAAUCUAGAAACAAAUUUAGAAUACUCAUCACUAUUCAAUGGUGACAUUUUACAUCAAGUUUAUUUACAAAUAGACCCAGAACCAUCAUUUCAUAUAACAAAACUUGCUGGACUAGAGGAUCAAGCUUUAAUAUUAGGACGAGUAAAAAACUUUGAUGCCAUUGUGAAAAAUGUCAAGAAUUUAUAUGAUGAAGAAUUGGGAAUGACUUUACUGGUAGUACCAGAAUGUAUUUGCUUAGGAAAGGCACCAGAAUCGAGAGAUGGUUUGGAAAACAUGAAGCUUUUAAUACUAUUGUUACUUGGUGCAGCUGUUCAAUGCCCUAACAAAGAGAUAUUCAUCACAAGAAUAAAAGAGCUUGAUGUUGAUCUUCAGCAUAAUAUUGUAGAAUGCAUAAGACAGGUUACUGACAUGCAAACUGUAGUGCUAACUCCCGAUGCCAUUGAUCUCUUUCAAUCACCAACUAUGUUCAAUCAUAUGCGUCGUUUGGCUAAAGAACGAGAUCAUUAUUUACAAAAUUGGGCAACACUUGUUCUUAAUGAAGGUCUUUGUGAGAAUGAGAAUGAAAAUAAAAAUAGCAAGAGCAGAUCAACACAAAAUGUCAAUCAAACAAAUGGUGAAAGUCAGCAUUUAGCUGUAGAAUUAGCCGACUGGAAGGCUAGGUUACGAAAGCAACGGCAAGAACUAGAAGAAAAAUCUGAACAACUAUCAGAAUGCAGGGAAGAUCUUGAGCAUACAAAACUUGUUCUUACAAAAUUGCGAGCCGACAGCCAGGAGUGGUUCAAUGAAGCAAGAAAAGCAGCAGGAUAUAGGGAUGAAGUGGAUGCUUUAAGGGAAAAGGCUGAACGAUGUGACAGGCUUGAACAAGAAAUUCAACGUUAUCGCGAUAGACUAGCCGAUGCAGAAUAUUAUAAAACUCGAGUAUCUGAAUUACGAGAAGAUAAUAAAGCCUUAUUGGAAACCAGAGACGCAUUGGAGGAACAACUUCAAAGAGCACGUAAAAGAGCAGAACAAUGCUUAACAUUAGAGGCAGCUAUGAUAAAGUUGAAAAGAGAAGCAAAUGACAUUGCACUGGAAAGAGAUGCUGAUCAACAAAAAAUACAAGAGUUAAUAGAAGAGAAUAAUCAUUUACAAUAUAUAACAAGGUCUGUGUUGAAUGAGAGUAAUAAUAGUAAUUUAGACACAGACAAUGAAUGUGAGAGUACCUUGGAAUCAGGCGAAAAUAGUUUAUCAGAACAAUUGACUAGUAAUGCCCAAGCACGAGCUUUAAAGUUGGAAUUAGAAAAUAAGCGUCUUUUAUCAAAAAUAGAUAACUUACGCGAACAAUCAUUGCUUGAAAGCAGUGACAAAGUUUUAGAACUAGAAAAAGAAAAGAAGAGACUGACUUUAAAAUGUGACCAGUUACAAGAAAACUGUAAUAGGCUGAAGCAACAAAACACAGAGUUAGAAGAAGUUUUUAAGAAUGCAUUAGAAGAAAAUAGAAAAUUGCAAGAUUCAUUGGAUAAACAAAAGGCUUUUAUUGAUCGUCAAGCCAUUGAUAGAGAAUCAGAAAAAAAUAAACUUCAAGAAUUCGAAAAGCAUUUGGAGUCACUUACCAAAGAUAAGCAAAGAAUUCAAAUGUUAUGUGAUUCUAUACAGCGGAGAGCAGAUGAUUUAGAAAAGUCUUUAGAUGCUAGAACAAAAGAAUUAAAUAUUCUUAAACCAGAAGCCGACAAAGUGACGCGGCUCAUUAUUCAGACUGAAGAACUCAAAACAAAACUGACAUACAGUGAAAAGGAGACUCAUAAUUUACAAAGAGAGGUUAAUAAACUGCGUGAAUCUGUGGAAGAAAAAGAUGUCACUCUAGAUACGGUCACAACGGAGAUUGAACUUAAAAAUAAAGAAAUUGAGCGGCUCACACGACAGUUAGAGAAUAGUCAUGUUAUUAGUGGUAGGCUGCAAGAUUUAGAGCAAAAAACCCAAGAGUUAAAGUCGCAAAAGAAAGUUGAUUCUGAAACAAUACAAACUCUACAAAAAGAUUUAAUCUUAGAAAAAGUAAAUUUUGACAAAUUAAGAAAUUGCAUGGAGAAACUAGGUGUUAACACAGCUGACAUAAUUUCGAAGGAAUUAAACGUCGAAGAUUUACUCGAGAAAAUUAUUUUAAAUACAGACAAUGAAACAUUGAUAACGGAAAUUGCUGCUAAGGCGAAUUUAACUAAACUCGUACCUUGCGAUUGUGAUCAUAAGAUGAAACAAGAACAAGAUGAAGUUGUUUACAAUCCCCAAUUAGAUCAACUAACCGCAGAUUUAGCAGCAGUACAGGCAUCCUUAGAAAACUGUCAAGAAGAAAAUGCUAAACUGCAAGUGAAUAUUGCUACCCUUAAUUCACAAAAUGGAUCACUUAUAUCACAGCAAAUGACCUUGCAAUUAGCAAAUAGUCAAUUAGCCGCUGAAAAAGAAGAAGUUAUAAAACAAUUAGAAGUCCUCAAAGAUAAACAAGAUAACCUCCUAAGGGAUCAAGUUGCAUUGCAAACUAUUCAUGAGCAAUUAAAUAUGGAAUAUGAAAUGUUGCUUAGCGAGAAAGAACCAGUUAAAGCUGCUAUUAAAGACUUAAAACUUGAGAAUAGGGACCUCAAAGAGAAAAUUACAGCAUAUGAGAAGAAAAUAACUGAUUUUGAAUUAGAAAAAGAAAACUUUAAAUUAGAAUCCAGAAACUUAAUAAAUUUAAGAGCUGAACAUUCAAAGCUUAAGGAAGAUUUUAGAAACCUAUUUACAGCGAGCGACAGACUAAAAAAUGAAUAUAGACAUAUGCAAGAAGAGUAUCGAAAUUUGCGCACUGAAGUAUCACAGUUAAAGCUAAGAAACACCGAAAUGUCUGGCGAAAUGAAUACCAAAUCUGAAGUUAUUACAAGUAUGGAGUUGGAAAUUAGUAAAACAAAUCAGCACUGUGAAAUGUUAAUUCAAAUGAACAAGAGUUUGGAUGCUGAUAGACGCUCAUUAAUGGAUCAUGUUUCCCAACUUCUUACCCAAUAUCACGAACUUCUAGCUCACUCUUUAAAAGAUAAACAACAUUAUCAUGAGGAAGAGAAAAUGUUUGCAGAUAAAGUAAAUGCACUUUGUAGGCAAAAGGAAAAAUUGGAGGAAAAAAUUAUGGAACAUUAUAAAAAGCUGGAUAAUUGCACUCCAAAACGACGAGGUUUUGGAGCUUCUUUUGUGAAAAAGGUGCGUAAGGCUGGAACAGACCUCAUUAACAAAGUACCUUCUAGAAACCACAAGAGGAUAGAAGACGCAAGUCGUUCCAAAUCACAAUUAACAUUAGCUGGUUCCGAAUCUGGUGAAUCCGAUCCUGGACAAGAAUUAGAAAAAAUUUCAAAAAAUUCUGAUCCAGACCAGGGCUCCUCUAAUCCAAGUGUAGAAUCACCGCGCAAUAGUAUAGAAUCCAGUUUUAACAGACGCUUAGAUGAUACUUUUUCAAAAAAAUCUGAGAGUAUUGAUAUGUCUGGCUCAUUCCACAGUUUGGAACCAACGAGAAUAGUUAAUGAAAGUAAUUUUGUUAGAAGACUUUCAGCAGCUUCCAUUCACAGCGGUGGCGGUGGUGGAGAUGAUGCUUUGAUAAGGGCUUCCUUACGAAGGAGACCGCAUAAAAUACAAACAUCACAUCGCAACAGCUUUCAAGGUUUAGAUGGAGAUGCAGGUUUACCAGCAGCAUCUACGCCGUCGCCAGUUUUUGGUGCAGCCGGUACUCGAAGAACAGUCUAUUUGGCUGAUGAUAAUCCGGAUGUUGCUUUAAACUCAAAACCUCAAAGCACUCCUAUAAAAGAAAAUCCCACAUACCUGGUGUAUAACAGAAUAUCUACAGUGAUAGGUGAUGGGGCAUGCCAAAGUAACCAUGACAGACCCAAUGACCAUCAACCAUUGAAUGAACCCACCAGACCUGAUGAUACUCUACAAGAAUGUGACGAUCAGAGACAUACAGACAGAAGAAAUGUAAGUCGAAGUGAAAAGCAAGAAAACUCAAAGGAAACUGCCAUUUGGUAUGAAUAUGGUUGCGUAUAAAUUUGUGUGAUUGUAUGAGACUGAAUGGAUGCCUUGCAUUUUGAAAAUGCGUUUGUUAUGAAUUUGUGUGAUUGUAAUAUUGAUAGUAUUUAUACACUUUUAUUAUAAUUGGACAUAAUAUUAUUAGGUUAUCUUCCAACGACAAUUGAUAAGAAGGAGACAGUAUUAAUGAAGCAUUUAUCUCAAUAAAUAAAGCAAAAUGUUAAUGAUAAAAUUACACUUUUUGCUUCGAGGCUUAAUAGAUUAGAAUUAAAAUUUGUAUUCAAGUAUAUUCAAAAGUAAAUUUGUGAUAAUUUUUUAACCUUUAUUAAUUUAACCUUGCCAGUGACAAAUACAGUUUAGUGUUUAAGUUCUUUUACAGAGAUAGUAUGUACUGAUUUUUUAUUAUUAUUUAGUUUCUUGUGUUAUUAAUAUAUAAUUAAUAAUACAUUACUUACUAUUUACUGUCCUAAUUGAAGGUUGAGUUCAAUAGUGUAUAUUAAAUAAAAUAUUUGUUCUACAUUGUGAUAUUCAUAUGUACUGAUAUUUUUGUUUAAGUAAAAGCAAGAUACAAACCCAGUUUAUACUCGUUAAUUUAAAAUGCUUUUAAUUAUUUUAAAACAUAUUCUUGGUGUAACACACAAAUAUCGAAUAUAAUUUGACUCCCGCCUACUAUAUUCUUAUUACCUACAUGAAUAUUCUUCUAUAUUUUUAAGAAAUAACUUCAUAAUACAAACAAAUGAUAUUAUUCUCUAAUGCAUUUAUUUUAUGAAAUAUUUUAAGUUCUAUAUUUUGUCAUUUAUUCUCUAAACACUAGUAGUAAGUACAAAACAAUAGUAUAAUAAAAACAUUUGAACUCGUCACGAUUUUAUGUAAUGUUAUUUUAAUGAAUUAAUUUUUUUUUUCAUUAUAUUAGAAUGUACAAAGAUUGACAUAAAAUAAUUAUCUUAGGUUAUAUUAAUAAAUCACAUAUAUCUACUAUCCAAUUAUAGUUUUUUUUUUCUUUCAAAAUUGAUAGUAAUGUUUCUGGAAUAUAAAUACAUGUGUCUGUUUGCAUCAAGGACCUAGUUACUUUAAUGGGGAAAUUUAUGAAGUUACAAUCGAUAUAACUAUAAGCUCAGAAUAGUAACAAAUAGAAAGUAGCGUACACGCAAAAAACUGAGGUGGACUAGGAUAAUGGCUUUUAAACAAAGCCAUAUAGGGCUAGUACGACCAACCAUGCCGUCGCCCGUCAGUACUCAAUUGUAUGGAAAAAUUUUGUUUUUACCAAAAAUUGUAUGCAUGCCGGCGAUCGUAAGUACGUAUACGGUAUAACGUAAUGCUCUUGCGUACAUAUAAAUCUGUUUAACCCCACUAGCUAAAGCGUUUGUAUAAAGAUCUAGGCGUAAAUAAUUUAAAACAAUAAGUUAGAAUUGUGGAAACUACUUCUUCCAAAUCUUGCUUGUUUUAUUUGUUCCUCAUUAGAGUACCUGCUGUCCUACCUAAGCUGUAGGGUAUGUAGUAUACCUAUACCAGAUGGUAAUUUUCAUAUCUUUUAAGCACCUAUAGACACUCGGUCUCUACUGUAAUUUGAACAUUUCACGAGUUUUCGAAAAUAUAACAUGUGCCUUGUGGUUUUAAUACGUAUGACGCUCAAAAUAUUUUGUUUUUUAUUAUAUUGUGUUGUAUAAACGAUAAUAUUAAUCUUAAUUUGUUGAAAUUAUAAUAAUUAAGAUAUUUAGUUGGUUCUUCAGUAUGGUGCAUGCUUAAUACAUAAGUGAAAUAUAAUUAACAAUUUUAACAAGCUAUCUGUUGUAUGUAACAUAAUAAAAUAUCAUCCAAUAAAUGACAGUGUCGUAAAAUAAAUAAUUACUUAAUCUGUACUUAAUAAUUGUCUCUCACCGAAUUUACUUAUUAUAGCACUCUAUUAUAAAAUAAAAGCAAUUAAA